AUGGUGUCGCCAUCUGUCGGCUCGAUGACGGAGUGGGAGGAGAUGUGGACUCGCGCCAUGAAGAAACCUGCUGGCGGCAGGUCGCUGCAGGAUUUGCAGGUCAUCUAUUACGGCCUCAGCGGCUUGGAGGCGCUGCAGUCGCUGCGUGAUAGUUGCAUACGAGCACUCUGCAAGAUAGUGCGCUACGAGAAGCGCCAAGCCAACGAUGUGCUGUACUAG